AUGUCUAACACACAAGAAAUUCAUAAUUACCCCUUUGACCCAAUUAUUAAUUUAAAAAAAUCAGGACAUAGUUUUUCAUAUAAAAUUAUAAAAGAAGGAACGUAUCCUAAUAAAUCUUUAUUAGCGUACACUCUUCCUCCUAAUAAAUAUCAAAUCCCUGAUGAUUAUAUGGUAGAAACAACUUGGAGUAGAAGUAAUAAUCGAUGUGUUGUUCAGUGUUUUAUUAAUUAUAUUGAUAAUAAACCAGUUUUUCAAAUCUGGUUUGGAAAGUGGUUUGAACAUGUAGUUUCUUCAGUUAGAAGUGCUACAGAUGUUACAAAUUUAUUUCAUAAAGAAUAUACAUCUUUAAAAAAAACAAAAACAUCAGGAAUUUAUUUGUUUGAUCUUCAUCUCAAAACAUUAGAAAUGGCAAGAAAAGGCAAAUGA